AUGAGGGACAUUCCAAGGAGGCCAAAACCUGAUAACUUACCUGAAAUAGAUUAUGAAGGCACAUCAUGGGCUGACAGACCAUUUAUCCCAGCACCGGAGAGAGAUGACGUGUCCAUGGGGGAGUACACUUCAAACGUUCAAAUCAUUUUUAUGCAUGAAGAGAUUCAAGGAGAUGUUCCUAUAGCAAAACUAAACUAUAGAGGAUCGGAAACACCAGAUAUCAUCCGUCCUCUCUUGUCUGGAUCAUUCACAAUGCUUGGCCCAGAGCUCAGAAAAGAAAAUGACGAGUGGAUUCUGUACAUCACUCAACGGCAGGACUUUGAAACGCCAAAUAUGCGUCUUUACAUGUUGAGAAUUGAGAUUCCCGGGGAGAGUGUGCAGGGAUCCAUUACCUUACAGAUCGUCAAUAUCGAUGACAACCCGCCUAUAAUACACGUUGUAAAUUCUUGCGAGGUUCUUGAGCACGGAGAACCACGUCUCACCGACUGCACUUACGAGGUCUCUGAUGAGGACGGUGCGAUCAGUAUUAAUGCUAUGACAUUUCAAAUAGAAAGUGACAGGGAUGACGACGAAGUCUUCUACAUCAGCCCUCAGAUUAUACAGGGCCAGUUGUAUCGGAUGAACAUAACCCUAGGUCUUAAUAGAUCGCUAAACUUUGAAACCAAUGCUCUUCAUAGUUUUAGAAUCACAGCGUUUGAUUCUGAACGCAACAACCAUACCGCCCCAGUCAUGGUACGAGUACAAAAUGUGGACAGUCGUAAUCCUCGCUGGCUAAACAUAUUCGCUGUUCAGCAAUUAGACGAGAUGACAGAAGCAAACUUCACCAUUAGAGCCAUAGACGGUGAUACUGACCUAAGAAGACCUAUUUACUAUAGACUUGAAGUUGAUGAAGAUGACAAAAAAUACUUCGACAUAACAACAAUAGAUGAUAGUGAGCUUGGUGGAAUAUUCCACGUGUUUCCAAUAGACAGAGAUGCCUUAGAACGAGAAGUAUUCGAGCUUAAAAUUGUGGCUUACAAGUCGGUUGCAAACAUCGUGUUUGAGGAAAAAAAUGAUGUCGUCAUCAUCAUAAGGGACGUGAAUAACAAAUCUCCGAAGCCACUGUUUGACGUUUACUCCAUAGAAAUUGAUGAAGAAACACCACAGACUUUAUACUUUGAGGAAGAGUUUGGAUUUCACGAUAAAGAUACGGGUGAAAACGCACGGUACAGAGUGCAUCUGGAAAGCGUGCAUCCUCCUGGCGCAGAAGAAGCUUUUUUUAUACAACCCGAGGUUGGCUACCAGCGGCAGACAUUUAUUAUGGGCACUGCCAAUCACAGCUUGCUGGAUUAUGAAGUACAUGCGUUCCAAAAUAUCGAACUAAGGGUAGUCGCUACCGAUUUGGACAAUCCAAACUUUGUUGAGUUCGCUACCGUGCACAUAACAUUGAAAAAUUGGAACGAUGAGGUACCAAUAUUUACUACCAGCGUUAAAACUGUAACAUUCAAGGAAACUGAAGGCAAGGAUUUUCAUAUUGGAACAAUGUUAGCUGAAGAUAGAGACAUAGGCGACACGGUUGUACACCGUAUAAUGGGCAUAGCACAGAAUAUUCUAAACAUAAACAACGAAACAGGUGAUAUCUACGUUGCUGAUGACAAUGCAUUUGAUUAUCAAAGACAGAAUGAGCUACUUGUUCAGAUACAAGCUGAAGAUACUUUGGCAAUACGCACCACUAAUACUGCCACGGCACAGCUCGUGAUUCAGUUGGAGGACGUCAACAAUGUACCACCUACACUUCGUCUUCCUCGAGGUAGUCCGCAAUUGCAAGAAAAUAGUCCGAAAGGUUACCCGGUUACCCAAGAAUCACAAGAAAUCACAGCAACAGAUCCCGAUACUACAGCUGACUUGAGCUUCGAAAUCAUAUGGGAAACUUCCUACGCGACCAAACAAGGUCGAGAAGCUGACUCUUCGCUAUUUCAUGGGUGCCUCACCAUCGAGACGGAGUACCCGGAUCCAAAUAAUCGUCGUUCCGCUGUGGGUCGGCUGUUCGUUAAUGAGAUCCGUGAUCAAGUUACAAUCGACUACGAGGAGUAUGAUGUGCUGUACCUCACCGUACGAGUGGUAGACCGUAACACGGAGAUUGGACAAAACUACGAUGAAUUGACAUACACUAUUACAAUAGUGGAUAUGAACGACAACGCCCCGCAAUGGGUCGACGGAACGCUGACCCAAGAUUUGAGAGUUCGAGAGAACUCAGCAUCUAACACCAUAAUCGGUUCCAUACAAGCUAUUGAUAUUGAUGGUCCUCUGUAUAACCAAGUGCAGUACACUAUACGUCCCAAACAAGACACACCAAACAACCUAGUGAAGAUCGACUCCCGAACAGGACAGAUACAAGUGGACGCAGAUGGAGCAAUCGAUGCUGACGCCCCUAGAGACAACCUCUACUAUACUGUGAUAGCAAGCGAUAAGUGUAUCGUAGAAGAUGAAAACAACUGUCCACCAGAUGAAACCAGCUGGGAAACUUUAGGAAACCUAACUAUACGAAUAAUCGAUACAAACAACAAGAACCCUGAAGCUAAGACGGACAGAUUCGAUACGACGGUGUAUAUACCUGAAAAUGCGAAGACUGGUGAUGAAGUAGUCACUAUAGUAUCGGAAGAUCUUGACAGAGAUGAAAUCUACAAAACGGUGCGCUACUCGAUCAACUACGCGGUGAAUCAGCGCCUGCGUAGCUUCUUCUCUGUGGAUCUGGACACGGGCCGCGUGUACGUGGACCUUACUGCUGACGAGACUCUCGACCGCGACGGUGACGAGCCCACGCACACGAUCUUCCUUACACUCAUUGAUAACUUUUAUUCGGAAGGAGAUGGUAACAGAAAUCAGGGCACAACAGAAGUUGAGGUAGUGUUGCUGGAUAUCAACGAUAAUGCUCCAGUGUUGCCGUCGAGAAAUGAAAUAUCUUGGUCCAUAUCAGAAAACAUUCAAAUGGGACACAGGCUUUCUCCAAAUAUUCAGGCAACUGAUCGCGAUCAACCGAACACGAAUAAUUCCCGCAUUGGUUACGAAAUCACAGACCUCAUAAUCUCUAACAGAGACAUCGAAAUCCCAAAACUUUUCGAAAUAAUUCACGUCUUCCCGACCGGGAAUAGCUUUGACGUUGCUGGUGAGCUAGAGACUGCUAUGGACCUGAGAGGAUACUGGGGAACCUACAGCAUUACCAUUCGAGCUCAUGAUCAUGGAGACCCAAUUUUAGAUUCUGAAGAAACGUAUGAAAUUAUCGUCCAACCGUACAAUUUCCAUACACCUGUUUUCGUGUUCCCGCGGGACGGUACCACUGUUCGACUUGCAAAGGAGCGUGCUGUGGUUAAUGGUUUCUUGAUGCUCGUCAACGGCGAUUACUUAGACCUCGUUCAAGCUACGGACGAAGACGGUCUUGAGGCUGGGAGAGUGACUUUCGAUAUUAUUGGAGAUGACGCAGCGUCACAAUACUUCCACGUCAUGGAAGUUUCUGCAAAUCAGGGCAGGCUCGCCUUAAGGGAACUCUUCACUGAAAACAUUAGGGAGUUUCAGAUAAAUAUUCGUGCAACGGAUGGCGGUACAGACCCGGGACCACUGUCAUCGGCAGUGGUUCUCAAUGCGGUGUUCGUACCGACGCAGGGUGAACCGAUAUUUUCCAAUAACGCUGUCACCGUCGGUUUUGUUGAAAGUGAAGUAGGCUUGACCGAAUCGGUCGAGCUACCACACGCUGAAGACCCGAAAAAUUACCGUUGCGAGAACGAUUGCCAUGAUAUAUUUUACAACAUCAUUGGUGGCAAUGAGGAAGGCUACUUCGCGUUAGACCAAGUUCGCAAUGUUCUGUCACUCGCCACGGCCUUAAACCGCACCAGGAACGAAAUUCACGUACUGCGAGUGGCUGCUGCCAACAUUCGAAACAUCGGCAGCGCCCCCGGAGACUCCGUCCUCACUGUAACAGUCAAUGUCAGAGAAGCGAACCCACGACCAUAUUUCGAACGACGAGUCUACACAGCUGGUAUAUCGACCAUGGACUCGACUAACAGACAACUGCUUACUGUCCGGGCGACCCACUCAGAGGGUUUGCCCAUUACGUACAGUAUGGACAUGUCAUCAAUGGUGGUGGACGAGAGUCUGGAGAACGUACGCAACUCGGCGUUCGUGCUGAAUAAUGAGACGGGCGUGUUGACUCUCAACAUGCAGCCCACCGCCAGCAUGCACGGCAUGUUCGAGUUCAACGUGAUCGCCACUGACCCCCACGAUGCACAAGAUGUUGCUGAAGUUAAAAUCUACCUAAUUUCCUCCAUGAACAGAGUGUACUUCACCUUUGUCAAUAGUUUGCAAGAAAUUGAAACAAACAGAGACUUCAUAGCGCAGACGUUUAGCGCGGGCUUCGCGAUGACUUGCAACAUUGACCAGAUCCUACCUUUCACGGAUACUGACGGCGUCGUACGCGAUGAUAUGGUGGAGGUGCGCGCGCAUUUUAUAAGGGAUGAUAUUCCCGUCACCAGUGACGUCAUCGAAGAACUACGCAGCGAUAGCACGCUGCUGCGCGCCAUCCAGCGCACGCUGAGCACGGAGCUGCUGUCGCUGCGCGACUUCACGACGCCCGCCAGCCCCGAGGAGCCGGCGAGCGGCGCCCAGCAGGCGGUGUACGCGCUGGCCGCGCUCAGCGCGCUGCUGGCCUUCCUCUGCCUCGUGAUGCUCGUCGUCUACAUCUUUAGGACUAGGGCGCUAAACCGUCGACUUCAAGCGCUGUCAAUGACUAAGUACGGUUCGCAAGAAUCUGGUCUAAACCGACUCGUGUUGAAGGCGCCCGGUACUAACAAGCACGCCAUUGAGGGUUCCAAUCCGAUCUGGAAUGAAGCCAUUAAAGCCCCAGACUUCGACGCUUAUAGUGAACAAUCAGAUGACUCGGAUCUCAUCGGUAUAGAAGACUUACCGCAGUUCCGCAACGAUUACUUCCCUCCAGCUGACAACGAUUCCGUUCAAGAUAUGUUUAACGAAAAACUCGAGCGGCCAGUAGCAACUCAUAAUAACAAUUUCGGCUUCAAUCCAACGCCAUUUAGCACGGAGUUCGCCAACAGAGACUUUAGUCGUAAAUAAAUAAAUAAAAUAUAUCACUAGUAAAUUCUAUAUCUUGUAAAAUAAAUAAUUCAGCAUUCAUGUUUCUCAACAUGUUAACGUACAUGUAUAAAUUGUGUAUGAUAUUAUAUCAUUGUAAGUCUUCAAUAUUUAUACUAUAUAAUAAAAUUAAUACUCCAAUUCA